CAAAGUAGCACAGCUAGCCCAAAGUAAAGUUUAGCCAAACUUUCAUUUUACGCGAUGCCUAAAAAGAAGGAGAAGAAAAACGGUGACAGAAAAGACGAAGACAAAAAGAAAACAAAGACAACGCAAAGCCAGUCGGCUCCGGCGGAAGAAAACGGCAAAGAGAAAGAUUUAUAUCUCAUUCAAAUCGGCUUUUUAAACGAGCAGCUGGAAAGAUAUAAGCUGAAAUGUGAGGGGCUGUCCAAUGAGAAGGAGGCCUUGAGCUGUCAGUGCAGCGCCCUGGAGAAGGAGAAGAAGGACAUUGUGGACUACCUGAAGCGCUCCCUGCUGGAGAAAGAGGACGAGCUGGAUGAAAUGUCCGAGCGCCUGCAGGCUUGGCGGCGGGAAGCCGACAAGGACAAAGACGCUCUGAGACUGCAGCUGGAUCGGGAGCGACGGGAAGUUGGGGAGCGCAUCGACGAGCUGGAGGAAGACAACGUGAAGCUAGUGGCGAGGCUGGCUGCCGUGGAGGAGUUUGAGAAGCAGAAGGAGCAGAUGUGGUCCGAGAUGGAGCUCCUGGAGAAGCAGCUGGCCCGCGAGGAGGAGGAGCACGCCGCCGCCAUGCACGCCGUGGAGAUGAAGUCUCUGCUGGAGAAGAGCAGGCUGGCCAAUCAGAUGGAGGCCCGAGCGGCGGCCGACGUGGAGCGCCUGGUGGAGCGCAGGCUGCCCGAGACGGCCAGGAGGGCCGCGCGGGAGAACGAGGAGGUCAAGGCGCGGUACGGCGUGCUCUCCGAGAAGGCCCACGACCUGGCCCGGGAGAACGCCGCCCUGCGGGAGCAGAAGAGCCGUCUCGCGGCGGACGUGGACGUGCUGGAGCAGACGCUCGCCGAAAUGUCCCGUCAGAGCUGCGUCCGCAAGAAGGAAGUGCCACGAUGCCGCCGCCGCGUCCAAGCAGUCGAGCAAAAGCGGCGGCGCAGCGGGUCGUCUGGAGGCGGAGCUACAGCAGGAGAGGAAGAGGAGGUCCGGGAUGCGGCGCAUCAUGCAGGAAGCCGUCGCCGCCGUCAGACAGGCCAUCACGGUGGUGAAGACACGUCCUGUCGUCAGGUCGCUCUGAUGUCUCGUUCACUGUUGGCAACCUUGUGCAGGAGGCGGAUCAGAACCCGGAGACGGUCCGGUGGAAGGAGCUGGCGCAGAAGCUUCUGGUCAUCCUGGAAGGCCCCGCCCCCUCGACGAGCCAUGACAGCGACCUCACCUUUGACCCCGCGGACGCCAGGUUGGACCACCGGGAACCAUUUGUCCUCACAUCUGGUUCUUUGUUUGUUUCUUGUGUCCCAAACAGGACAGGAAGCUUCAAUUUCCACGUCCAGCUGGCCCGACACGGCCCAGGCGACUUGGGCUUGGUGCCCCCACCCGCUCUGAAACCCAAACAUGCGCCCACCACAGCAAAAAAGCACCGAUGACUCCUAGAACGGCCUUUGGUGUCCAAUCAGAUGUCAUUGUUGCUCUCAGCCACUAGGGGGUGCUUAUGCGCUCAGUAGUAGGAGAUGGCUUUGCUACGCUGCCUUACGUAGCACACAUUCAUGGCCAGGAAAACGUCAUGAUGGGUGUUUGCCCACGUGACCGCGCAUGUAGCCAGGAAAGAUCGAAGCAGGGCAUAAAAUACUUUAUGCACCAUCAAUACGACUGCAUGUUUGUCCAAAUGUAAUGCAAACACUGUUGUGUAAACAUGCUUUUGCUCUAAACCGGAGAAAAAUGUAUCAAUUUCUUGCGAAAUGUUAUUAUCUAUUUUUUAAAUAUAUAUAAAUAUUUCUUUUAUUGUUAUUUUACAAGAAAUAUGUUUCAAUGCUGGGAAUUGGUGUGAAUGUAAUGUC